UCUUCAUAUCAACAUGAUCACGUGGUCUUGAGGGAUUUCCUGAAAACACUGAGGAGACAACGUGCGGCUCCAAAACGACUGUGAAAAGUUCGGCAAAACAAUUCAAUGUACUUUGUCGUAAGCAGUUCAAUGAGAUUGUAUGAUAGCAGGCGUUGAAUUAAGAUAGAAGGUCACUUGAAGAAGAAGUCGAACGAGCUUCCACUUUAUUUUUAAGUUCAGUGUAGUCAGUAUAGUCAGCUAGCAAGCUAGCUAUAUAUUUACAGCAGCUGCAACAUUGAAUUACUUGAUUGAAACAAGAGCAGAAUUGGUUUCCAACAUUGUCAACAGUUGAAGUUGCCGGGCUUAUUUGCGUGCUUGACGAGAAAGUAUGAUUCACAAAUGUGCAGUGACUGGUUGUCCAAACAGAUCGGACACAAUUAUUCACUACACACUACCAGAGGAGGAAAACAGACGUCGGCGGUGGAUACAGUUCAUGGAAAGGGGAGGAAAAGAAAUGGAUGCCUCUGCAUUACGGAUCUGCGGUAGCCAUUUCACUGAAGACAGCUUCACGAAGUUGGAUUUGGGAUUCACAACGCGAUUAAUAUUAAAUGUAAAUGCAGUGCCCACAAUUUAUCCAGAGGAUCUCUUAAAACUGCAAAAGGAAUCUCACCAUCCUCCACUAGAGGAUGGUCCAGCAGGAGCAGUCUGCAUCAAAAGAACUGAUACAAGUUCUUCAGAUCUUUGGAAAGAAGUCCUGGCUAAGGGUGAGCUGGAUGAAGACGAUAUGACUGAGGAGCCUGCUGAAGAUGACGAUUCAGUUGAAGAUGAGAUGACUGAUGAGCCAUUCGAUUUAGUGAAAGUCGAACCACCACAUGAAAAUGGAUACGGUGAUUCAUCAUUUGAUCAACACAAAACUCUGAAUAUCAACUCCUCUCUGAAACAAUAUAAUUGCGAUCAGUGUGGAAGGAACUUUUCUCACAAAGCGUUUUUGAAAGCCCAUCAGAAGAUCCAUGCCAGUGUGGAGUCACAGAUGUCAUUCAGCUGCACGAUGUGCGACAGGCGGUUUAGUAAAAAGUCAGGGCUGAAUAAACACAUGCAUAAUCACCUGGAAAGGCCAAACUACCCCUGCCCAGUGUGUGGAGAAGAAUUUGAAUUGAAGGGUAGCCUCCAUAGCCAUGUGAAAUCACACCCUGGAGAGCGUUUUCGAUGUAAAUUCUGUGACCAGGGAUUUUUAAAGAUCGACGCCUACAUGCGCCACGUGGACCGGCACACUGUGGUAACCCCGUACUAUUGUGAGAAAUGUAAAAUCUACCAGCUGACAGAGAGAGGCUUCCUGCUCCACCAGAGAGGGCAUUGCCGACAAGAGUUGGAGAAGAAACUGACUGAGAGUAGGAUGGUGGGGGGUAGAAAAGGUGGCAGACCUAAAAAGAACCUCGUUCAGAUUCAGAACCUGCCGCAGCAAGUUGCAGCAGACCCACAAGGGGGCGCUGAAAUCUCUGGACCAAACCUGACCCUGCAGUCGCUCACCAACACUAACGGCACACUGCUGAAGGCGUCUGGUGAAGAUUCAUCACAUGAGCUGACCAACCCCUCAGAUGAGGCUGAAAUGGUGGAGGAGCAAGUACCACCUAGGGAUGAAAUAAAGGAGGCCUGUAAUGCCAGUUCAGAGGAUGGUCCAACAACAAAACAUUGCAUCAACGGAUCUGAAACAAUUCCUCCAAAUGUUUCUAAAGAGGGACUGACUGAAGCAGAGAUGCUUGGUGCGCCGAUCGAAGAUGAGCUGAAUGACGAGCCAUUUAAUAUAGUCAAAAUUGAACCACAAGAUUUAAACAGAUACGGCGUUCCAUCGUUCACUAAACGCUUUCCCGUGGAAGAUAGCAGCGUUCUGAAACCGUAUCAUUGCUAUCAGUGUGGAAGGGACUUCACUCACAAAGCGUUUUUGAAAACUCAUCAAAAGGUCCAUGCCAGUAUGGAGACGAUGGCAUUCAGCUGCACAAAGUGCGACAGGCGAUUUAAUAAAAAGUCAGAGCUCCACAAACACAUGCACAAUCACCUGGAAAGGCCAAACUAUCCUUGCCCAGUGUGUGGGGAAGAAUUUGAAAUUAAAGGUGGCCUCCAUAACCAUGUGAAAUCACACCCCGGAGAACGAUUCCGCUGUAAAUUCUGCAAUCAGAGGUUUUUAAAGAUCGAUCCGUACUUGAAACAUGUUGACAGACACACAGUGGUGACCCCAUACUAUUGUGAGAAAUGCAACGUGUACCAGCUGACCGAGAGAGGCUUCCUGAUACACCAGAGAGGGCAUAACGCAGAUGACCUGCAGCCCAAACCGACCAAGCCUCGGCCGGUGCUGAAAAGACGGAGACGCCGUAGAAAGAACCGCGUUCUAAUGAAGAACCCACCCAAGCCAGUUGCAGCAGAACCACAAUUGGACUCUGAAGUCCCUGAACCGAAACUCACCCUGCAAUCACAUGCCGACACCAACGGCACACUGCUGGAGGCGUUCCCAUCGCAUGAGCCAACAGGCCCCUCAGACGAAGCUGAGAUGGAGCAGGAGGAGGAGGAAGAGCAAGAGGAGCAGGAGGAGGAGGAAGAGCAAGAGGAGGAGGAGCAGGAGGAGGAGGAGGAGGAGCAGGAGGAGGAAGAACAAGAGGAGGAGGAGGAAAUGUCGCCUGAGGAUGAAACCUCGGAUGGCAGUCUAAAGGAAUCUACAGAUUGAGAUUUACACAAUUAAGAUUGGAGAGUCUGAUCUCACUUCAUGAUUUCAUGUUUGUCCCCUUUCUAGACCCAUGUUUAUUACAGGCUGUUGUAUGUCCUCACACUUUGUAUGUAAGUAAGUUAUAGAUGGGCUUUAACUAAUGAAUUCUUGCUAGCGAUCAUGGUAUAUCCAAAUCUAGAUGAAAUUAAUUGUGUGUGGUCACAGUUGUCAAUCAUGAUUUAUAUUGUCACUCAUAUUUGAGACCUGUAAAUACUUCUCUGGUCUGUUUUUAUCAGCUGUGUCAAAAGGGGAGUUAAUGAGGCAUCAUGCUGGAAAUUCAGUCAUGCAAACGAGUCAUAUUUUUUUACACAGUAGCUAUGUGAUUAAAGAGAGGAUGAUUGUCACAUUAGGAACAACUUUUUUAGCAAGUGAGCUUUUUACACCUGAAAGGAGUAAUUCUUCUGUACGUUUUUGAGUAAUUGUAAAAAUGUCACGCUUAUGGUCUGUAUCCUCUUUUUGAAGCAUCUUGUUCAUGAAGGAUGAAUAAAACCCUCAACAAUU